AUGGAGGGGACAAGCCUGAGGAAUCGGAGAGAAGAUGAGAAGUCCAUCCGGAGUAUCCAGAGUAAGGAACCCAAGACCACGAGUCUCCAGAAGGAGGUGGGCCUGCUCAGCGGCAUCUGCAUCAUCGUGGGCACCAUCAUCGGCUCUGGGAUCUUCAUCUCCCCCAAGUCUGUGCUCAGCAACACGGAAACCGUGGGGCCCUGUCUCAUCAUAUGGGCGGCCUGUGGGGUCCUCGCAACACUGGGUGCCCUGUGCUUUGCAGAGCUUGGCACGAUGAUCACCAAGUCAGGGGGCGAGUACCCUUACCUGAUGGAGGCCUUCGGGCCCAUCCCUGCCUACCUCUUCUCCUGGACCAGUCUGUUCGUCAUAAAGCCCACAUCCUUUGCCAUCAUCUGCCUCAGCUUUUCGGAGUACGUCUGUGCGCCCUUCUAUUCGGGCUGCAAUCCCCCUCCGGUUGUCGUGAAAUGCCUGGCUGCCGCUGCCAUCUUGCUCAUCACCACGGUGAACUCGCUGAGCGUGCGGCUGGGGAGCUACGUCCAGAACGUGUUCACGGGGGCCAAGCUGGUGAUCGUGGCCAUCAUCAUCAUCAGCGGGCUGGUCCUCCUGGCCCAAGGGAACACAAGGAAUUUUGAGAAUUCUUUUGAGGGCACAAAACUGUCUGUGGGAGCCAUCAGUCUGGCAUUUUAUAAUGGACUCUGGGCGUACGAUGGAUGGAAUCAACUCAAUUACAUCACGGAAGAACUUAGAAACCCUUUCAGAAACCUGCCCUUGGCCAUCAUCAUCGGGAUCCCACUGGUGACAGGCUGCUACAUCCUCAUGAACGUUUCCUACUUCACCGUGAUGACUCCUACCGAGCUCCUGCAGUCCCAGGCGGUGGCCGUGACGUUCGGCGACCGCGUUCUCUACCCGGCCUCUUGGGUGGUUCCGCUGUUCGUGGCCUUUUCCACCAUCGGUGCCGCCAACGGGACUUGCUUUACGGCAGGCAGACUUGUGUACGUGGCGGGCCGGGAAGGCCACAUGCUUAAAGUGCUCUCCUACAUCAGCGUCAGGCGCCUGACUCCAGCCCCUGCCAUCAUCUUUUAUGGCAUCAUAGCAACUAUUUAUAUCAUCCCUGGUGACAUAAACUCAUUGGUCAAUUACUUCAGUUUUGCUGCAUGGCUGUUUUAUGGCCUGACGAUUCUGGGAUUGGUUGUCAUGAGGUUUACAAAGAAAGACCUGGAAAGGCCUAUCAAGGUGCCCAUUUUCAUCCCCAUCUUGGUGACUCUCGUCUCCGUGUUUUUGGUUUUGGCCCCAAUCAUCAGCGAACCCGCGUGGGAAUAUCUCUACUGUGUGUUAUUUAUACUGAGCGGCCUUAUAUUUUACUUCCUUUUUGUCCACUAUAAGUUUGGAUGGGCUCAGAAAAUCUUAAAGCCCGUCACCAUGCACCUUCAGAUGCUGAUGGAGGUCGUGCCGCCAGAGGAAGCUCCAGAGUAG